UCUUCACAUGGAGAGCGAUCCAGUGAGCUAGUAGUAAAAUACCUUCGCUGUAGACAAUGUCGUAGCUAAGCCAGGAGCAAAACCCUACCCUUCCUUCUUGGGCUAUAAAUGCCAGCCCGAGCUCCCUUGCAGUGCCACACACAGGCAGAGCAGUGAGCUGAUCUAAACCCCUGCACACAGUAGCUAGAAAGGCGGCCAUGGCGAAGAAGGUGGCGGUGAUCGCCACGCUGCUUGCCCUGAACCUGCUCUUCUUCACCUUCUCCGACGCAUGUGGCUGCCAGUGUGGAGCCUGCCCUAGUCCGGGCGGAGGCGGUGGCGGUGGCGGGGGAGGUGGCGGAGGUGGUGGUGGAGGACGAGGCGGAGGUGGCGGGAGCGGAGGCAGCGGCGGCAGCAGCGGAGGAGGGAGUAGCGGAGGUGGAGGCAGCGGUGGUAGCGGAGGCGGCGGUGGAGGCAGCAGCGGAGGUGGCGGGCCAGGAGGAGGUGGUAGCGGAGGUGGCGGGUCAGGAGGAGGCAGCAGCGGCGGCGGCGGAUCGGGAGGAGGUGGCGGCGGCGGCGGACGUGGAGGGCGGUGCCCGGUCGACGCGCUGAAGCUGGGCGUGUGCGCCAACGUGCUCAACGGGCUGAUCAACCUUGAGCUGGGCACGCCGCCGAAGAAGCCUUGCUGCACGCUGAUCCAGGGCCUCGCUGACCUGGAGGCGGCCGUCUGCCUCUGCACCGCACUCAGGGCCAACAUCCUGGGCAUCAACCUCAACGUGCCCAUCGACCUCAGCCUCCUCGUCAACUACUGCGGCAAGAGCGUCCCCAGAGGCUUCCAGUGCCCAUAGGCAUCCAUAUCCUUCCUUCAACUAUAUACUGCCUACAUGAUCUGCUUGCAUUUGCAUGCAUGAUCUGCUUGCUUAAUUUACCACUUCGUACUCUAUAUUUGCGUGUCUGCAUGUCCGCAUCUGUGGGAUGAUAUAUGUUGUAGGCACUGCCCAUAGCUGUUGUUAUGCUUGUGGAUCGUCCAGCUAGGUUAGACACUAUGCUUGUGGAUGGAGUUCUCAUAUAUGAUCUCGUGCAACAUGUACCGCUAGCUACGGCUACUAGUAUUUGCUUGAACAAGAGGUUCCGCUUACAUUUCCUCAUAAUUAUAAUAAAAGCGAUCUUAUAUUGUCAA